UCUUGCUUUCCCUGGUUGCAGGCAGUCUUGCAGAGCAGAGCGUUUGUUAGCCCGCCGCUGUUGCGCGCCGGCGAACUCCUUCGUCUCCACCCCCCGCCACCCGCAUCAGAAGCCGUAUGGCCGGCACCGCCUCCGCCGCAGAUCCGGGGACGGCGUUCAAGCUCCUCCUCUCCUGCCCCGCCGGCCUCCCUCGCUCCCGCGUUUCGGUUAUGUUUGGUCAGUCGUUUGACAGGAUUCCCCAUCCGGAUGCAGCCUUAGAGGAAUCAAUAAGUGAGAUAUGGAACCAAAGGCUUCAGCGGAACCCAUCUCUAUACAACGGUACAAAGUUUCGGUAUGGAGGACAUGCUGUGUACUACAAAGAUGACUCCAAGGAGUACUGUGUCUCACUUCAUUUGGGUCUCACAGACUACAGGACAUUUGUGGGAACAAAUCUCAAUCCAUUGUGGGAGAAAUUUUUGGUCCCCUCUGAAGAUGAUCCUGUGCGUUGCCAACACAUGUCAAAUCCACUGGGCAAUGGUGCAAUUGUUGAAACAUCUGAUCAAAAGAUUAUUGUAUUGCAAAGGAGCCACAAUGUGGGGGAGUUUCCAGGAUAUUAUGUUUUCCCUGGAGGACACUCGGAGCCACAAGAAAUCGGCAUCUUGGGUCAUCAGACUGAUGAAGAAAACCUGGUUCCUCUCACUGAACGAGUUUCACAAGAAAUGUAUGAUGGAAUCAUCCGUGAAGUAGUUGAGGAAACUGGAGUUCCUGCGAGUUCCCUGACAGAUCCUGUCUUCAUCGGAGUUUCUUGCCGAGAAAUGAAUGUUAGACCAGCUGCAUUCUUUUUAACAAAAUGUGACAUUGAUUCCACUGGCAUAAAUGAACUUUAUUCUAAAGCUCAAGAUGGCUAUGAAUCGACUAAACUAUAUGCAGUCUCAGUGGAAGAGCUACGAGGAAUGAGUCAGCGAAUGCCUGGCUGCCACAAUGGCGGUUUUGCUCUUUAUGAAUUGAUGAGGAAUGAGGCCAAGAGUUUGUGAAGAUUCUGAGUUAAACUUAAACAGUCUUUCUUUUGCAGGACUGACUUGCUGAUUGGUGAUUGCAUUAAUACAUUAGAAAUAAGUGUAGAUAUGUUCAUAGCUGACACAAACACAGUGUUGAGCACCAUAUAUUCGCACCCAUCAUUGCUGGUCUUUAUAGUAGAUGUGCCAUUUCCAUCUUUGUCGGGUUGAUGGUCUCCCUAUACCCUUACAGAAGCUCUGGAAGAAAUAAAAGCACGAAGCUCGAAUUUUCCUCUGAAGACAGUAAUAGAAAUUAAAUCUCCAGUUGUUUCGCCAACUAAGGCACCCAAGGUCAGCAUUACAAUGCUAACUCACAAUGAGGGAAGACUUUAUAUUGUAAUGAUCUUUUAGGUCCUGAUCGACGGCCAUCGCUGAUGCCCUGUUUGUGUUAUCUUCCAACGAAAAAGAUAAUAUGUAGUGUAAGGACCCUAUGUUAGAGAACAUGUCCUGUGUUACAAGUGGAUUAGGUGUUACCAUAUUACCAAACAUGGUAACAUUUAAACCGGUGCAUGUAAAAUUGUAAUAAAAAUAUAGAUUGAUAGAGGAUGAAAUCAUCUACGUGCAUGAAAAAAUUGAGUUUGA